UGCAUUGGCAUGAGUGCUGAAAGACCACAAAACCCUGUGGUCUUUCAGCACCCAUCAAACUUGAAAUGCAAGAAAUCAGAGAAAAUCAACUGCAGUUUUCAAAACUCGGUUGAAUUUUCUCAGCAAGUAUUCGUCCACACGUCAGCCAGCCCUCCUUCAGCUCAGAUGAGCUUGAAAUAGUUGAAGGGAGCAUUUUGGGAAACCACUACAAGGUAGAGGCUUUCCUCGGAGAAGGGGGGCUUUGGUGUUGUAGCCAAAUGCCGUGAUACCAUGACCAACCGAGCUGUGGCUAUUAAGGUGAACAAGAAGGACCCUGAUAUUCUGCAACAGGCAAAACUGGAAAUUUUCAUCCUGGAGCAGCUGAGAAGGUUGGAUCCAGAUGCCGCCAACAUUGUUCAAUGGAACGGCUUUUUCCUUGACAGAGAGCGUGUUUGCCUGAAAUUUGAACUCCUAGACCAAUGCCUGUGGGACUACAUAGGGGACCCGAAUAACCGGCGUCUCCCCAUAAGCGAAGUCAGGCCAAUUUUAGGUCAACUCACAAAUGCUCUGUCCCACCUGGGUUCUUUGGGAAUAGUGCACGCUGACCUCAAACCUGGAAACAUCAUGGUUGUAAAUCGCUAUGAGUCUCCAGUCAAAGUCAGACUUAUAGACUUUGGCCUCGCAUGUCCUGCGUCUGCAGUGAUGCCUGGUGACCGUGUGGGGACGGUUGGUUAUAGUGCACCUGAGGUUAUGCUUGGCCUUCCUUAUAACGAAGCAUGUGACAUGUGGUCUCUGGGGCUGGUGGCUGUGGAGCUUGUUACAGGGGUGCCACUCUACCCUGGAAAAAAAUAUUAUGAUGUUUUGAAAUUCAUCAUAGAGACUCAGGGUCAGCCGCCAGAUCAUGUUCUCGAUCCUGGCGUGUACACUGAAGACUAUUUCACAAAAGACAACUACAACCAACAACGCUGGACAUUUAAGACCGCUCAACAAUUUAAAUACGAGACAGGAUAUGAAUCUUUGGAGACAAGAUACAUAAAACUGACACGUCUGGAUGACCUCGAACAAAUAAUGCUGUUUAGACGAGGACCAGAAGAUGGCCAACGCUUAUUUGUCAGCCUAAUUAAAGAGAUGUUGGCCUUGGAUGCACACCAGCGGAUAACACCCUCUCAGGUUCUCCGGCAUCCCUUUUUCAACCCUGGCCUCUCCAACAGGUUCCCAAGUAUCAACAUGAAAAACCAUACAGAGUCAAUCUCCAGCAUGGCAUCUUCCACCCUGGACAAAAGUGAUAAAAACACAAACUGGGGUUGGAAAAGGAUAUUAACAGCAAAUUACAUGAAAAUUAAUUAAGCUGCUCCAAAAAUGAUCACUUUGGCUUCUUUUUUUUAAAUUUUCACUCCCCCCACCCCAACCAGUCGUGGCAGAGGGCUGUCCCUUCCUGAGCCUGGCUCUGUUGAAGGUUUCUUCCUUUUUAAAGGGAGUUUUUCCUUCCCACUGUCGCUAAAUGCUUGCUCAUAGGGAAAUCUUCUGAUUGUUGGAGUGGCCAAAACUCUAGGGGAAGUAGCAAUUCUUGUGAAAAUUUAAAAAAGAAAAAGCCUACCAAUCUUCAAAGCGCAGCAGCGGACACCUUACCAUCACAUCAGUCCUUCAAUCAGACCUAAAACACCACCUUUACAGAAAUAAAUUCCAUACAAAUUGGAAAUAAAUUGUUGUUUUUGAUUGUUUAUAAAUAUAUAGUGCUACCCUUCAGCCUCCUAGUAGACAUACCUGUGUUAUCCCCAACU